AUGAUCAACGCAGAAGUGUUGGAGAUGCUGCAGCGUUAUUUGAAAUGGAUAGUCAUUCCGAUAGCUUUGUGUUCUGCGUACAAGUUAUGCUUUUUCUUGCUACCUGGUCCUCAUCACCACGGAAUUUUGACGUACAAAGAUAAAACGGUGCUUAUAACUGGUGCUAGUUCAGGCCUCGGUCGUGCUUUGGCAUUCGAGUUAUACAAAAGAGGAGCUAAAAUAAUUGCCACUGCACGCAGUAUCGACAAACUUAAGGAGCUGUGCGAAGAUAUGAAACGAAGUUUUGACGGCAAUCCACACGAACCAGCGUACAGCUAUCUUGAUGUUUGCGAACCCAUGGACGUCGAACUGCUGAAGAAUCACGCUAUCGACGGCAAGACGAUCCAUGUUUUAAUAAACAAUGCUGGCCUUUCAAUGCGUGGAUCUAUAGUGGAUACUCCGAUAGACAUUUAUAAACAACUUAUGGACGUUAAUUUUUUCGGUCAUAUAGUUGUCACUCAAAAGCUCAUGGAUGCAAUUCCUGAUGACGGUUGCAUUAUAGCAACCAGUAGCGUGCAGGGCAAAUUACCGAUACCUUAUAGGAGUGCAUACGGAGCAAGCAAGCACGCUUUCCAGGCAUUUUUUGAUGCACUGCGUUGUGAAGCUCGCCCUAAUCUACAUAUUCUUACUGUGUCGGCUGGUUACAUGAACACUGGUUUUGGCUCACGUGCGCUUAACGUGGAAGGACAUCCAGUUGGAAAAAAUGAUCUAAACCAACUAAAGGGUCUGUCUCCCGAAUGUGCAGCGUGCGAGAUCCUCAGGGCUGCAUCGGCUCGCGAAAUCGAGCUAAUUAUGGCCCCAUUUUCGAACAAGAUAGCGAUAUUUUUGCGUUGGGCUUGGCCAACGCUUCUCUUCUACAUUCUUCAUAGAAGAGGACUGAAGGACGAAUAUGCGAAGAGUAGAACUAUUGUUGUGUAUAUUCUGUUGUUUGUCCUAGUUAGUACAGUACUUUUAUUUCAGGUGUGUAACUAUCGUGGUUACAUAAAACUAAGUCGUUCCAAAUUCGAGGAGGAAUUGGAUAGUUUGCGUAGAAGUUUGGAGGAUAAUCUUGGGAGACGUCGUUCAGUCGUGCCCAGUCAAUAUGAAGUAAAUGAUUUUCUGCGUUCGAAUGUGUGGUUGCUGAGUGGAUUUGCUGCUGGUUGGCUGAUAGGUUUUGGUCUUGCCUAA